AUGGCGCAGUCCGGCACAGUGUGGCGCACCCAUGCCUCCGUCCCUCCCACCGGCACAAGUGGCAAAGAAGGAGGAGAGAAGUCGCCGCCACACCCAUCUCAGCGCAGCCUGGUCUACCAAAUUGUCAAAUUGCCUGUGCACGGUGGUGUACUGGACGAAAUUACCACUGCGCGGGGUGAAGCUCGUCCUCGUAUUACUCCAGACAGACUGCAGUUCUUUGAGUAUGAGACCGUCCACAUUAGUUGUGAAGAGUUGAUGGGACUGACUGGAUGGAGAGUGAUGCACAGACACAACAAACCAACAAAUUCUUCCAUCUUUACCCCUCCUGCAUCAAGCUGCACUAUUCAGCCUGCCUUUAAACGACACAGUGGAGAGUACUGGUGUGAAGACAAGGAUGGAAAAACCAGUGGUUCCAUCAACAUUUCUGUUAAUGCUGGAUCUGUGAUUCUGGACUUUCCUGCCCGUCCUGUGAUAGAGGGAUCUAAUGUGACUCUUUACUGUAGAAAGAAAAGCCAAACUUUAACACGUAUUACUGAUUUCUACAAAGAUGGUAACUUUCUGAGAACUGAGUAUGACAACAACAUGAAAAUCAGAAAUGUCUCCAAGUCUCAUGAAGGACUCUACAAGUGCAGCAUCUCUGGAAGUGGACAAUCACCAGAGAGUUGGCUGACUGUCUCGAACAAAGAGAACAAAACCUACAAAGAGACUCAACCUCCCAAAAACUUCUCCGAUUCAUCUGAUUCUCCCACCCUGCCGUGGAUUUUCAGGACCUCCAUAGUAGCCACACUUCUUUUAGUGAUGGGACUCUUUCUCUGCUGCAACGACCGAGAUGACUGCACAGAAACACUGAAUACUGGAAGAGAAUCUCUGUGA